CGAUGAACAACGCGAGGUGCUGAAGACGCGCACAACAGAGCGGCAGAAGGAGCGGCAGAGCGAGCGUCAGAGCGCUACUCAGCGCCAUGCUCCAGGCCGCGGGGACACACAGCACUGCCACCGUGUGCGGCAGCUCCGAGGGCUGCUAAAAACGGCGACGAGGCUGCGCAGAGGCGGGCCCCAGCGCUCAGCCAUGGGAUCGGGGCCGGAGGAUACGGCCCACGCUCCGAUCACCGGGAAUCACCGCUGAACGCGAAGGAACGAUCGGCCUUUCCGCGUCAAACCCGCGCGCCACCCCACGUCAAUGACUGUUGCGGCAGAGGAGCCCCCGCGGUGGAGUCGGCCCGUUCCCGAAAUAUGACCCAGGGAGCCGGGACGUGUUGGCAGCAAGAAGAUGUCGACGGCUUCCCAAUCUGGAUAGAGCCCGCGCGCCUGCUCCCCGACCCGCCGCCCUGUGCGCUGGCCGACAGAGGCCGAUUGUCCUGGGCUUCUCUGGCGCUGCUGCUCGCGCUGCUCUCUGACCACCUGUGGUUCCGCGCUGAAGCCAAACUGGCGCCGGUCAAGCUGGCCCGGUCUCCCGGAGUCCCCGGCGUCCCCGGUGUCCCGCUGUACCCCGAACGCACGCGGGCCGUUUUUUUAGACAACUCCUCCACGCCGCUGUGCGACAGCCUCCGGGACGGCUCGGAGGGGGCGGAGGAGCCUCUCUCCACAAACUCCUUCACUUUUGUGGAUGUGGAUCAUUUGUGCGGGAACAUUUCGGAGCGAAGCGGCCGCGGCGGCUCGUGGGAUGUAAAUAUUAGCAGCUUGUACUUGUCUUUUUGUAGCUCGUAUUCGCUGCUGGACCUGCUCCGCGGCGCGUCGCGUCCUGAUCGCCUCAAUUGCAGCCUGGACGCGCUGCACAAGGGCCCCGACGGCACGUGCAGCGCGUGCGUCGCGGCAUACCAGCGCUACGACCUGCACGCGCUGGAGAAGUACGAGGAGUUUGAGGUGCUCGCGCUCAAGUACGAACCGGGGCCGUACUCCGUGCGCACGUGCAUGGACCAGUGCAAGAUGGCGUACAAGUGGUGGCUGUGUGCGCAGUUCUUCCCGGACACCUCCCCAUCGUGUGGUCAGACUGUACCCUGUGGCACCAGCUGUCUGCAAGUCCAACAGAGCUGUCCUUUUAUCCUGCCCGACAACGAAGACCUGAUCCACGGGGGCAGUCCCAGCUUCAUCUGUACAGGUCUGGUGUCGGACUCGGAGGCGCGCUGCUGUGACGUGCGAUGGGACCCCCCCUCUCCCCCUCCCUCCCCCCUCCCCAGCUCACAUGCGACACUACAAAGGACUGCCUCUCCUUCCUGUGAGCACCAGGGGGCGUGGCUGAGCUCUGCGUCGCCCCGCCUCAAACUCUGCCCCCUGCUGGUGCUCGUCAUCCUGCACUCAGUCCUUCUCCUCUCCCACAAUGCAACGCUGCUGUGGGCCACAGGGGAGGAGGGCGGGGCCAACGAGGACUGA